GAAGAAGAAGGAGUUGUGUGUUUCUUGCUGCUAGCUUAACUUUGAAGCAGCAUUAAGAAGCAGUUUUUGGGUGUUUUUAUGGACUCAAACCGAAGAGGGUCUUUUCAGAGGUGCACACGGCUUCAUGGCUCUCUGCUGGUUGUUGAUCCACAUCUUCCUCCUCACCUCCUCCUCCUCCUCGGCUCACAAUGACUUCUUCACCUCCAUCGGUCACAUGAACGACCUGCUGUUCACAGAGAAGGACCUGGUCACCUCCCUGAAGGACUACAUCAGAGCAGAGGAGAGCAAACUGGAGCAGGUUAAGAGAUGGGCGGACAGACUGGACGUCCUCUCGGCGGCGGCUACCCAGGACCCCGAGGGUUUCCUGGGACACCCGGUGAACGCCUUCAAGCUGAUGAAGAGACUGAACACGGAGUGGGGGGAGCUCGAGAGCCUGGUGCUCACUGACAUGUCUGAUGUGUUCAUCUCUAACCUCACUAUCCAGAGGCAGCACUUCCCCAACGACGACGACCAGACCGGAGCCGCCAAAGCUCUGAUGAGGCUGCUGGACACCUACAAGCUGGACACCAACACCAUCUCCACCGGAGUGCUGCCAGGCUCGUCCUCUGACGCCUCCCAACGCAGCACUCUCACCGUGGAGGACUGCUACGACCUCGGGAAGGUGGCGUACUCGGAGGCGGACUACUACCACACAGAGCUGUGGAUGGUUCAGGCCCUGAAGCAGCUGGACGAGGGCGAGACGUCUGUCACCGUGGAUGCCGCCACCAUCCUGGACUACCUGAGCUACUCCGUCUACCAGCGGGGGGAGCUGGAGCGGGCGCUGGGCUUCACCCGGAGGCUGCUGGAGCUCGACCCGACACACCAGAGAGCCAAGGGGAACCUGAAGUACUUUGAGUAUCAGCUGGAGAAGCAGAAGGACAUGGAGGAGGAGAAGGGGGAGGAGGGAAGGCAGAGGAGGGAGAACCGGGGUCGCCCCGCCGAUUACCUGCCAGAGAGGAAGAAGUACGAGCAGCUGUGUCGCGGCGAGGGCCUGAGGAUGACUCCUCGCAGGCAAAGCCGCCUCUUCUGCCGUUACCACGACAACAACCGCCACCCCAAAUACGUGAUCGGUCCGGUGAAGCAGGAGGACGAGUGGGACCGGCCCCGCAUCGUCCGGUACCACGACAUCGUGUCGGACGCAGAGAUAGAGAAGGUGAAGGAGCUGGCCAAACCCAGGCUGCGUCGAGCCACCAUCUCUAACCCGGUAACCGGUGUUCUGGAGACGGCCCACUACCGCAUCAGUAAGAGUGCGUGGCUCGGGGCUUUUGAACACCCGGUGGUGGACCGGAUCAACCAGAGGAUCGAGGACAUCACCGGUCUGGACGUCACCACUGCAGAGGAGCUGCAGGUGGCUAACUACGGAGUCGGAGGACAGUACGAGCCUCACUUUGACUUUGGACGGAAAGACGAACCAGAUGCUUUUGAAGAGUUGGGGACAGGAAACAGAAUCGCCACCUGGCUGCUUUACAUGAGUGACGUACAGGCAGGGGGCGCCACAGUCUUCACUGAUGUAGGAGCUGCUAUUUGGCCCAAAAAGGGGACGGCGGUGUUCUGGUACAAUCUGUAUCCCAGUGGAGAAGGAGACUACCGGACCCGACACGCUGCCUGUCCUGUUCUGGUCGGAAACAAGUGGGUGUCCAAUAAAUGGAUCCAUGAACGAGGGCAGGAGUUCAGGAGGCGCUGUGGCCUCCAGGAGACGGACUGACCUCCUCCUCCUCCUCUAAACUGCUGAGUCUGUCGCUGAACAUUCGUCAUGGAGAGGAAGAUGUCCAGCUGUCCUUCAUCGCUGACCUCAGAUCUGUUUCACCUCAAACACAACACAACUUUAUUAUCUUAUAAAGAACGUGUAAUAUGUUGCACUCCUGUUUGUUUGUUUGUUUGUUUGUUUGUUUGUUUGUUUGUUUGUUUGUUUGAUAGAAAGGAUUGUUUUAACGAAUGUAAUCGAGGAUGUUCAGUCUGCAAGAUGUAAAAUACGUUUCUAGUCAGAAUAAAAAAGUAUAACGUUCUGCUGCACACAGAAAAAUGUGUGUUGUUCCAUUUAAAAGUAUUUCAUCAGAAAAGCUGUAUGGAAACAACAAAAUUCAAUAAAAGUUCCUCAAUUACAAAAAUGUUUUUACGCUCAGUUGAGGUGAUUUUUGUCUUUGUGUCAAAAAGAGUUUUCUUGCACUGAAUUGAUAAUGGAAAUGCCUUUAUUGAAUAAAUUCAGAAGUAGAGAAUAUUAAAGUCACUUGACUGAUCAGUUGUUUUUGCCGUCAACGUCUUCCUGGAUAUUUAUUUAUAUUCUCUUCGUCUCCAGACAACAUGAAGGAGUUUAUGAUCAAAAUGCUGUUUGUUUAACUAUUCUCUGAAACUCCAGGGGAUGAACAAACAAAAUUAACUGAAGAAUCAAGAAAACAACUAGUUUAAUCGGCUUAACGCCAUAAACC